GCUUCUCUUACCGGUACUAAUUUUUAAAACUCUAUUUUGAAUACUUCAGCUCUAUACUAUGUUUGUAAAAUUGUUGGAGUUAUCGUUGGAGAAGCUAUCUUUUAUUUUACAUCUAAUUUUGUUUUCCGUGUUUUCACAGAAAACUUUCCUGUACCUUGUCCGGCCGAGGCACCGAGGCAGGCGCGAUGGAUGCAGAUCGCCUCGCCUCGUACAGCUCUGUGGUUUGGACAACAUAUUCCGCCAUUCUGUCGUUCAUCAGAUUAGCUCAAGCCGGGUUCAGAUAUACCGGGGAUGGCUUAGCAAUAAUCUGUGAGGGAUGUGAGAAAAUAUUAGAUAUGGUGGCGUUCGUGGAGAGUGGCAUCAUGCUGGACCCGUCACAAAUUCGUUUUCAUUCUGGUGCCUGUAAGUUUGUUAAUGGGGCGAUGGCAGGAGAUCGAAGAAAUGAGCUCGAUGGCUGCCAUGUUGGGGUCACUGAUGGGGGUUUAAACAGAGCAAGUCCGCAUUUACCUGCAUCUGAUAGGACAUUAAGCAACUCACACUCAGGUGGUGGAUGUGUCCAAGUCGCUACACAUAGAGACAGCCGGUGUCAAGGACUAAAUAGUUCUCAACAUGCGACAAAUGGGUCACACGCUACUUCACAGGAUGUUUUCGCGAAUAACACGUUACAAGUAUCGGAACCACUAAGAGAAGGACCUACUCCAAGUAAGCUUAUUAUUGUUUUAAUUAAAUUUGUAUGACAACGAUAGAGGACUGAGGUGUUUAAGAUAACGUUUUCAUUAAAACAGUAUAUAUGUCAUUUAUGUUAUCUUAUUAAUUUUAUUCUUGAAAUUUUACACACUUUACAAUUCACAGGAAUGUGUUCAGGAAAUCAUAGUCAGCUACCAAGCGAGGCAAGAAAUGACGUCAUAUGUUCCGACUCACCUGAAGUUACGUCAUCUGUGUUUAAAGUUUUAACUCAUCCAUCCUAUCCGGUAUUUAUAUCCUACAACAAGCGUCUUGAAAGUUUUACCAACUGGCAACACCAUCACAUUCAUCAACCAGGCUACCUGGCACAGGCGGGAUUUUUCUAUGCAGGUAAAUUUAGGUAAUCUUUACAGCUUCUACAUUAACACCCAAAUUAACUGUGAUCUAACAAAUGGAUAUUACUCAGUUGAGUGGAGUUCCCUUCAAUUUAAUUUUUUUUUUCAGUGUUCUUUGUCCAUGCGUUAAUCUCACGUACCCUCGAAAAGAAAGGCCAUGCAUCAAUGGGUUUAUUUUUAUGAACAUAUUUUAUUGAUAUAAUUUUUAUUUGAAAAUACAAUUUAAACUUAUAUAAUAGUUGAUUAUAAGGCUUAUAAUGAAAUAAUAAGAAUCCCGAGUCGAACAUCACGUUCCAACAUUGCAUAAGAUCGAAGUAAGUCAACUUAACUUUAGAGUAGUUAUUACUUAAAAGUGUGUGUGGGUGGGUUGCAGUGAAAAGAAACAAAUCUUUCAAAGUCUCGCAUAAAUCUGCAGAAUGUUAACGUUGUUCGAUUAUGGAAACAGAUUAUUGAAAUAGAUUAUGGACAUAAACCAUCCCAUUAAAUAAAUUUUGUUCACUUUAUUUUGGAGCUGUUUAAAUUUUCGUGUUAUUUUUGUUUUUACAUACCCUCAAGAAUUCUUUUUAUUUUUUGAAAUUAAAUUUAACCUUUUGUUCGAGGUUUCAUCUAUAUAUAAGUUCAAAUGUAUAAAUAAGUAAAAAUAAGAUAAGAUUGUUUCAAUGAUCCAAAGGUAAUUGUUUGUUUUUUUGUUGUUGAUUACUUUGUAUACAUACAUUUUCAGCUUAUAAAUAGAUAAAUAUUUUAAUAAACUCCACAUUUUCCAACUCAAACAAUUUAAACACAAGACAUAUACAUUAAAUUAUUUCUCUAGUAUCCUGAUUAUUUUAAAAUGUUUUUUUGGUUAAUUACUUGUUCACUGUUAUCGAAUCGUGUGUCGUAGGUUACUCGGACUGUGUCCGGUGUUUCCAGUGUGGCCUGGGCCUGAGAUCCUGGAAGCCUGGAGACGAUGUUUAUGACCAACACCGGAAGCACAGACCCUCUUGUCCAUUCUUGGGGACAACAGUGAACGUGGGGACAGUUGAAGGACCAAAUAGAACAGACGGGGAAAGUUCGGGAGAAGAUGGUACGAACAUACUACGAUAGUGUGUGUAAGACGUUGUGUUAUUGCAGGUAAAUCUGUUAUUUAUAAAACGGUGUUAAAGUUGAAUAACUGAGACAUGCGAGGACGUGAGUGUUGCGAUGUCAUGGAAACUUUCCCAAAUGAGAAAGACCUAGACAAUGUCUAUUUAAAAUAUUAGACGGGUCAUGGAGAUGCUAGAUGUGUGAGUAACCUGCAAGCCUGAUAAACAAAAUUAUCCCAAUUAUUACCUUUGUCAAGAAUGAAGUGUUCUGUUUGAAACCUUCUUCCUGCAUUUUAGACUGGGUCUAAUUAGGUCAAGGGAGGGGUGGUGAUAGAGAACUGUAUUUAAAUACCAUAUAUUAAUUUCGCUUUUGUUGUUGUCUUUUUUCUUCUUUUUCGUUUUUUUUUUUUUUUUUGGUUUCAAAAUCUUCUGAAGUCUAAUGACCCAUUUUCCGUCAUCCUAUUGAGCUGAAACUUGGCACAUAUAUUCGUUGUUGGAGACUACAUAUUUGAUCAAAUUUUCAGCCAUCCCCCCGCGCCCUUUUCCUCCAACCUAAAAAAAAUGUUUUUCCUGUUUUUUCAAUGGGGAGGAAUGUCAAUGAUUUGUUUAAAUGGUGCGAGUUUUGGUGCCGCAUUUAAUCGUGUAGGUCUUUUUCGUUUUUUUUUUUUUUUUUGGUUUCAAAAUCUUCUGAAGUCUAAUGUCUAUGUGUUUUGUAUUAGUGGCGUAUUUGGGAUGGAGAUGGCGUUGAAUCCAAAUAAAAUGAAUAUAAAGGAUUGAUAUUAAAAAAAACAACUUUUUUGGUUGGGGGGGGGGGGCUGUUUAAAUUUUAAAAUUACUUUUAGGCUGAUGUCGCUAAAGAUAAUUUUGAUGUUCUGCGACAGCAAAAUAAAUAAUCCUCUUCAAUAGUGACGUUCAUUUAAAAAAAAAUCCAAUUUAAUUAAUGAUAUUCAUCUAUCUUCACUAUUGGUUUCAGACAAGGUAUAGAAUUAUAACAAAUGGCCCCACUCUUUCGAAUUUCUUAAAGCAGGGAAAUGAAAAGCUUGCUUACACUACACGUGUUUAAACAGUUCUUUUGAAUUGAUAUCCAUUUUGAAGUUAGAUUUAGAUUAGGCGUUAAACAAAGAAACGCUCUGUCUACGUUUAAGCUCAAACGUUUUCUGACUAUUAAAGAACAAUUUUUUGCUAAUGUAAAACAAAAUGUUAAAUAAUUUUUCCAAAGAUCUAUUUUUUUUUCUUCAAAUUUGACCCUUCAUUUCAUCUUUAACCAAUUGCAGAUGGCGGUAUUCCCUCCACUGAUGACAUAACAGUAGCUCUAUUAAAAAGGGAGAGUGCAAAGCUCAAAGAAAGACUACUCUGUAAGGUUUGCCUAAAGGCACCCAUCAAAGAUCUGUUCCUACCCUGUGGAGAACUCUACGCCUGCUCUGACUGCUCAAAACUGCUCACACAUUGCCCGGCUUGUAACAAACUUAUUCUAGCAACAUCCAGCAUUUAUUUUGCUUAACUAACGUAAGGAAACGAUACCAAUACAUCACUUUAAAAAAAAAAAAUAAUAAUAAUUUCCUUCAUCUCGGUGUUGUAUUCGUAUAGAUAGAUUGUUUUGUUUUUUUGAAACUAUUAUGUGCACAUGCAUAGUUUGUAAAAAAAACUGUUGGGCUAAAACUUCGUACCCAGAUUAAUUUAGAAGGGAUUUUUAUUGAUCAAGCUUUAGUAUAACUCUCAUCAAGCUUUAGUAUAACUCUCAUCAAGCUUUAGUAUUACUCUCGCUUCAAUUCUAUAAAUAUGUGGAAUACAUUUCGAAUCGGAAGUGAAAUAAAGAUAAGAGAAGGGGAGGGGGGGCAUAAAUUCCGUUUGAAUAAAAUUGUAAUCAACAACAUCACAGAUAUAUGUCAAAAAAUGCCACCCAGACAAUUCAUAUUAAUAAAAACAGAAAGUUAAUAUACAUUUUUUUUUUUUGAGCAACAUACGACUCCAUUUUGUUUGAUUAAACCUGGCUUUUUGUAGAGAAAACAGAUAAAUUAUACUUUUGUGAGAUAAAACUUUUGUGAUGUUUCUAAAGUUGUAGAAUGCUAUAGUUUUGAUACGGUUUAUGUUAUACGGGGGAACAUUUGGGGACGACCACGCACCACAUGGGAAAACUUGAUUCGAAACUCAAAACGAUGUCUUGUAAAAGAAGACUUCUGAAAACCUCCACAACCUACUUAAGUUAAAGAAUUAUUGGGUUUUUUUUUUGGGUUAGAAUUAUGGCCAUGACCUCUUCCCGGACUAAUUCAUAUUUUAUAUUUUCUCAAGGCCAUGAUUUAAUCAGUGCAGAAAUCGAUGAGACGAUGUGGAUCUGAGUAUUUAUUGAAUUUACGGUAACUUCCUAAAGCAAGAACACAACACAAGCUGUCUGAAGAAAACAAGAUAACUAGCUAUACAAGAAAACGGAGAACUACUUUAUUAAGAACACAUUAUGAUCCAAUUAUUGUAUCAUUAUUAAUUGCUUUUGCAUUAUUUUAAUUUUUUUUAAAACAAAAUUAGAUUGAAUUUUUAAAAAUUUAAAUGAUUGAGAUUAUUUGUUUCUUUGUAAAGCAAACGGGUUGAAUAUUUUUUACAAACUAAUUAACAAUGCUUAAAAGAGUCUUAUGUUUAUUUGAUAUUAAUAUGCUGUCUUUUAAUUGUAUUCGAAAUAUUAAAUGUUAUUUUGAAUUUAUUAUUAAUAUUAACGGCAUUUAUUAUUUUUGUAUUGAUUUUCAUAAACAAGGGAUACGUUAAUAAAAAUAAAUUAUACCCU